AUGGAACCACCACCAUCAACAACGAUAUCUCACUCGGAUUGGCUACACGAAAGACAGUUUGGGAUCGUCCUCGAUGCUGGCAGCUCGGGAACUCGGAUACAAGUCUACAGCUGGAAGUCUCCUCGUGCCCAGCUCAACCACCGAUUGUCCAGCCAUCAGUCAGCCAAGGUCCUGCCUCGGAUAGAAACUGGCGUACAAGAUGGUAGCGAUUGGCAGCUCAAGGUCGAACCAGGUAUCUCAUCCUUCGGUUCUCAUCCACAUCACCUAGGCCAAUAUCUGAAGCCCUUACUGGACCAUGCUCUCAAACUCAUCCCAACGCACCAAAUUGCAACGUCGCCAUUCUAUCUAUUAGCAACCGCUGGAAUGAGACUGCUGCCCCAAUCUCAGCAAGACGGUAUUGUGGAAGAAGUAUGCAGGUAUAUCAAGAAAAACUAUCGAUUUCAAAUCAAGGAGUGUAAUCAACACAUCAAGAUCAUCUCGGGUGAAGAGGAGGGCACAUUUGGUUGGGUGGCUGUGAACUAUUUGAUGGAUGGAUUCGAUCGACCGGACCAUCCAACCGCUUCUGGCUCACAAGGCCAAUCAACCUUUGGAUUCCUUGACAUGGGUGGGGCCAGCACUCAGAUCGCCUUCGAACCCAACCAACUCGCCAAAAUCGAACAUGCCGACAAUCUGACCAAGCUUACCCUAAAACUCUUAGACGGCACCGACAUCUCUCAUUCGGUCUUCGUCACCACCUGGCUUGGAUACGGUACCAACAAGGCCCGCGAGAGAUACACACAGCGGCUUCUCGAGCAAUACUCCCAAGAUCAUCCAUCUCGAGAACCCAAACAGCAGGAUCAACUGGAUGUCAUUCCUGAUCCGUGCUUACCUACCUCGCUUCUCGUACCCUCAUCAUCGCCAAAAUAUCACUUCAACGGAACCGGCGACUUUAAACAAUGUAUCCAAAACGUCUCCCCACUACUGAACAAAAAUGCACCCUGCCUGGACCAGCCCUGUCUAUUCGACGGCAAACAUGUGCCCCCAAUCGAUUUCUCCGUCAAUAGAUUUAUUGGGAUAUCUGAGUAUUGGUAUUCGACCCAAGACCUCUGGUCGAUGGGUGGGAUCUACGACUUUGUUGAAUUCGAGAAGAAGGCGAUCAGUUAUUGUCAACUAGACUGGGAAGAGAUCAUCGAGAAUCAUAAAUCAGGGACUAAAUGGCCCUCUAAUGUCGAGAUCUCUCGACUAGAGAGCCAAUGUUUUAAAGCUGCCUGGAUCAUCAACAUCUUACACGAAGGGAUCGGUAUUCCUCGGAUAAUCGACAAGGGCGGACAGGGUGAUCGGAAGGAUUACAACCAAGAAGGCCUCCAGAAAGCUGCUCAAAAGGGCCUCCUGGACUCUCUCCCUCCAAACUUUCAAAGUCUCAAUGAGGUUGGCAAUAUCACUGUCAGCUGGACGCUAGGAAAGAUGGUCUUGGAAAUCUCCCAACAGCUUUCCUCCAGCCACCCCCCCUCGUUUGGUCGUUUGCCUGGAAUCCACACCCCUCAACUUGAAGGGGGCUUGAAAGUCCAACUGAGUCAUGCCAAGUCAUGGAUCGAACCGAUGGUGCUGCUCGGAAUGACACUCGGAGCAUUGGUGAUUUGGUUCCUGUAUUCAUGUUCGAAGACGUUCUGUCAAUUCCAAAAGGAGCGACGUCUAGGCGGACAAGGUUACGUAUUAGCCUCGAUGGAGGAAGGCGAUGGCGGACGAAGAGACUCGAGUCACAAUCGGCCAAGCACGCCGAGAUUUCCGAGGAAACCGAGUCUCAGUUCUCCACGGAACUUUUUCCAUUCGGGAGUCGGCAACAGUCCCCCUGGUCUGAUCCAGCAAACCGUCUCCCGGGCUCUGGGAGCCUGGUCGAGCCGGAGUACGGCGACCCGCCGAAGUUUCUCUGCGAGCCAUCCCAGCUCGCCUCGGCCGUCGCGGCCAUCCAGACUCGGCUCGCCCAAACUGCCAGUCAAUGCCGGCUUUGGCGAAGGCACCGACGGGGACCAGAACAUGCUCAUCCCGCCGGUCUCGAUUACGACCUCAUUAUCCGCACCCGUAGGCGGCACUGGCUACCAAUCGACCACCUCGACCCGGACCUCGCUCGAUGAAGGCUUGUUCGUCACUGUGCCCGUCAGCAGGACUGGCUCGAGUAGUGGCAGCAAACGGUUCAAUGAUGACUGGACUAAACCUGCUCAGCUCGCUCAAGACGGCGCGGUACAUGCCGACCAUCUCUUCCCUCUCGAUCGGCCUAAAUAUCGCUUCAGCCACUCGAAAUCUUUCCAGUCCUUAUCUUCUCCAUCCGAUCAUCAUCUUGACGACCUCGAUUAUCUGCCCCCAUCCCUCCACGAUCGUCCGCUUUCUUCAUCCCCUCAUGAUCUCCAAUCUUCGCGUCCUCACCAUCAUCAUCUUCACCCCCAACAGCAGCAACAGCAACGAACUUUGAAUAGUCAUAGUUGUAGUAAUUUGACUGAUUUUUCCUCUCAGUGA